AUUAUUAUUGUUUUCUUCUCCAUUUCAUUCUCUGAUUUUCUUUUUCGGUUCCGUUAAACCAUUACCGUUUUGAGUCCCUCUGUUGUAAAUUUACUGUGAUUCUAGGGUUUUAUUUUUUCGUUUUUUUAUUUUUUAUUUUUUUUGGCUUUUCUUUUUUCUUCUUUAAAGUUAGGGUUUUCAUUUACACACACAGAGAGUGAUUGAGAGAGAUAGAGAUAGUUGGAGCAGUGCCGGAGCUUUUUGAUUCAAUGGAGGCCACCGCUGCCGCACGUGGUGGUUCGAUGCCGAUGACGCCACCACCAUCGCGGAAAGAGUGGCGAGCUGUCUCGGACCAUCAUUCGGUUCGGAAUGUCGGGGAGGAGGAGUUGGAACGGUCGAAAUUAGGUUCAUCAGACGAGAGGACCAUAUAUGAGGUGCAGCAGGGAAGAGAGCCACUUGAUGUGGACUUCUGUUCAAUCACGAUUGAUGGGAGCUUAGACAACGACCUUUUGCAGCAGAGACUUCAUGGUGUUGCAAGGCAAAGAGAGGAACUGCAACAGAUAGAGACUGAUCUUCGAGCUCAAAUGAUUGCAAGAUCUGAAAUAAUGGAAAUACAAAAUAGCUUUGAUGCUCGAAUCAAGGAGCAUGCUAAUGCUGCAGCUAAGCUUCAGGAGCAACUCCAUGAAAGGGAUCAGACCAUACAUGAGCUGGAAAGGAAAUUGGAAGAUAAAGAAAGAGAACUGCAUGCUAUCAAAUUAGAUAAUGAAGCGGCUUGGGCCAAAGAGGGUCUUCUUAGAGAGCAGAACAAAGAACUAGCAAGCUUCAGAAGAGAGCGUGAUCAUUCUGAAGCUGAAAGAGCCCAACAUAUACAACAAAUACAUGAUCUUCAAGAACAUAUCCAAGAGAAAGAGAGGCAACUUAUUGAGUUGCAGGAACAGCAAAGGGUUGCUCAAGAAACCAUUCUUUACAAGGAUGAACGAUUGAGGGAGGCCCAAUCAUGGAUUGCUCGUGUUCAAGAAAUGGAUGCCCUUCAGUCAACUACGAUACAAGCUGAAUUGAGAGAACGGACAGAACAGUAUAACCAGCUUUGGCUUGGUUGUCAGAGACAGUUUGCAGAAAUGGAGAGACUUCAUAUGCAUACAAUACAACAGCUACAGCUUGAGCUGGCUGACGCUAGAGAAAGGAGUGGAACUUUCACUGAUGAGUCACGUAUAUCCCAAGAAAAUUCAAAAGAUGUAUCUCAAUUUAGUCAAACCAAUGGAAGCCAAUUAGAUAUGAAUGGAGGUGGCACGUCAGGUGGAAGUACUGGGGCCCUUCCAAAUGGGAAUUCAGACAAUAUUUCAUCAUUUGUAUCAGCUGGCAAUGCAUCAACCCAGAUUGAGCAUGUGGCCGGUGUUCCAAUUGCUCCGUCGUCUAUUCUUGGGAUGCCUUCCUACCUACCACCUGGACAGUUGACUGCUUUGCAUCCAUUUGUCAUGCAUCAACAAGGGGUUCCUCAGUCCAUGCCUCAACAUGUUCCUCAAUCUCAUGUAGGGCACUUUCAUUCUAUACCUGCAAUGUCAUCUCUCCAACAGUGGCAGAACCAACAGGCUGUGUCAGAUGGUGUACAAAUAUCGUCUCAAACUGAACUUGCACAAUCCCAAGCUGAUCAAAAUCUAAUGAGAUCAGAUGAAAAUUACAACUAUGAAAUGUCUGUUAAUGGACAAACUCUUCCUACAGACUAUUUGGAUGUUCAAAUCAGCCAAGGAACGGAGGCUGAUUCUGCAAUCUCAUCAUCUACAGGGGAAGCACAGGUUCUUGAGUCAAUUGAUAGAGGUUACCUGGUUGCUCCCCAAACAGAUAAGGAUAUGCAAAAAAUUUCUUCCCAAUUUCAUAGUUCUUUAAUAUUGGAGUCACUUCAACAGAAUAGUGAAACUAAGGUACAGGAGCAAAAUGUUCCAUCUCCGGUGGAUGGUGGCUUAGAGGACCAAGCAUUAAUAGCAGAACCUACUUCUGCUCCCAAUACAUCACCAUGUGAUGCUUCAAUCCAUGCAGUGAAUCUUGACAAAUCCUCAGUUAACAAUGCGACUGGUGCAGUUUUGCCCGAAGCAUUUGUCUCAACUGGGCAGAUAAACACAUUGACUGUGGGAAGGACUUCAGAGAUUGCUCUUCUAGAUGAAAGAUCAUUGUUAACUUGCAUAGUUCGUACAAUUCCAGCUGGUGGUAGAAUUCGGAUUAGCUCAACACUACCAAACAGACUUGCCAAGAUGCUUGCACCUCUACACUGGCAUGAUUAUAAGAGAAAGUAUGGAAAGCUUGAUGAUUUUGUGGCUGGCCACCCUGAAUUAUUUGUGAUUGAGGGCGAGUAUAUCCAUCUUAGGGAAGGAGCACAAGAAAUGAUAGCGGCUACUGCAGCUGUUGCGAAAGUUGCUGCAGCAGCUGCAGCAUCAUCUCCUUACUCCUCUUCUUUGCCAUCAGUUGCUGUUACUCCAAUGGCACAGAAUCACAGAGUGAGAAAGCAGAAUCAGCAACCAAAUGGUGUCGGUUUUGGUGUUUCUGGAGGUCUAGCAAAUGUAAAGAUUUUGAGCAAAUCAAAGGAUUCCCAGGAACUGAAUGGCCUUGAAUCCAGGCCUAGCCUUCUGACAGUAGGGAACGGAUCAAGUAUGAGCAGCAUCCAGAGUGCAGGAUCCGGUAAUGGCAGAUCUACCUUGAACUAUGGCUCCAAGCAGCAGCAGGGAAGAUUGAACAAUGCUGGAUAUGCUUCCAGAAGAUGAGACAGAGCAGGGAAUCACAUAUAUCAUCUAUAAUCUCAUCACUAAAUGUGCAUGUACCAGCAGUAUGCGGAUCAAGCUUGUUGUUGGAUGACAACCGAAUUACCGUGAUUGGAACUGUGCUGAUCUUUUUCUUUUUGUUUUCUUUUUCCUGCUGGAAAGGGAGGGGGGGGAGGGAAAGGCUUAAAUUUUUUUCUGUGUUUUUAAUACUCAACUGCAAACUCCAACUUUCUGCAUUCGAAGUGAUAUUCAUAUCUAUACAAUUGCCUCUCUGCAUCCGAUUGCCUAUACUA